AUGAACCUGACUUCCACGGCCACACCGGUGAUUUCUGGAAAAAAAUCGACUCCGGAGAGGAGCGCUGAGGAAAAGGAUGAAGCCCAGAAACUUAUCCAAAACGCGCUAUCCGAGAUGAAGAAGUCGAGAGCAAGGAGAGAAUCGGUAGAAGACCAGGGACGAAUCUCGACGCCGCCUGGCGAGAUGAAUCCUGCCGAUAUUGAAACUAUGGCAAAAAUUAGGGGACAUCCGAUGUUUCCGGUUUUAAAGCUAUUCACCGAAAAGGUCGAGUCCGCUACCCUCCUAAAGAAACGGGUGAAUCACGAGACGCUGAUCGGGGUGAUAAAUGAGAGUGACGAGGAGGCGUCAACGUCGGAUGGGGAGUCGAACUCGCGAUCCUCCCUACGCGACCAUCCAGCGAACACCACCGUAGCCAUGAUGAAUACUCCACAUGGGACCCUGUCGAUCCCUUUGACAUUGCCGCCAAUCAACCAUCACCUAGCGGCAGACUCUUACGACUUGGGAUCGCCGGCCGGAAAGAGAACCCGGUUCGACUUCAACUCGAUUGGCUCGCACUCGUCUUCAGGAUUUAUGGAACGGCUUGGGUCAUCAAGGGACUUG